AUGAAGGAGUAUAUGAUGCUACUGCUGUUGGCUGUGUGCUCUGCUAAACCCUUCUUUAGCCCUUCACACACAGCACUGAAGAAUAUGAUGUUGAAGGAUAUGGAAGACACAGAUGACGAUGAUGAUGAUGACAACGAUGAUGACAAUUCACUUUUUCCAACAAAAGAGCCAGUGAACCCCUUUUUCCCUUUCGAUUUGUUUCCAACAUGUCCAUUUGGGUGUCAAUGUUACUCUCGAGUUGUCCACUGUUCUGAUCUAGGUCUGACCUCGGUCCCAAGCAACAUUCCAUUUGAUACUCGGAUGGUUGACCUUCAAAAUAAUAAAAUUAAGGAAAUUAAAGAAAAUGAUUUUAAAGGACUCACUUCACUUUACGCUCUGAUUCUGAACAACAACAAGCUAACAAAGAUUCACCCCAAAACCUUUUUAACCACAAAGAAGUUGCGAAGGCUAUAUUUAUCUCACAAUCAACUAAGUGAAAUUCCACUUAAUCUUCCCAAAUCAUUAGCAGAACUCAGAAUUCAUGACAAUAAAGUUAAGAAAAUACAAAAGGACACUUUCAAAGGAAUGAAUGCUUUACAUGUUUUGGAAAUGAGUGCAAACCCUCUAGAUAACAACGGGAUAGAACCAGGAGCAUUUGAAGGGGUGACAGUAUUCCAUAUCAGGAUUGCUGAAGCAAAACUAACCUCAAUCCCAAAAGGCCUACCACCAACUUUACUGGAGCUUCACUUGGAUUUCAAUAAAAUUUCAACUGUGGAACUUGAAGAUUUUAAACGAUACAAGGAACUGCAAAGGCUGGGUCUUGGAAACAACAGAAUCACAGAUAUCGAAAAUGGAACUUUUGCUAAUAUUCCACGUGUGAGAGAAAUACAUUUGGAACACAAUAAACUAAAAAAAAUCCCUUCAGGAUUACAGGAGCUGAAAUACCUCCAGAUAAUUUUCCUGCAUUAUAAUUCAAUUACAAAAGUGGGGGUGAACGACUUCUGCCCAACAGUGCCAAAAAUGAAGAAAUCUUUAUACAGUGCGAUCAGUUUAUUCAACAACCCCAUGAAGUACUGGGAAAUACAACCUGCGACAUUCCGCUGUGUUCUUGGCAGAAUGAGCGUUCAGCUUGGUAAUGUCGGAAAGUAAUAGUCAGUGACAUGCUUUAAAUAUAAAAAUUCAAAAAUGUACACACUGUGAUACUUGAAUUGAACUAAUAAUGGUAAUAUUGUACACAUAAGCAAAAUUCUAUUCCAUAUGGUCAAUGACAAAAAAUUUCAACAGAAUUUUGCCUAUCAAUACUCAGAAUAAAUGUCUAUUGCAGUGUCCCUUUGCACAUGAAUGAUUCUGUGUAAAUCUUUUGCUUGAACAUUCUAUUUUUCAGCAAUGAAAAGAUGAUAUUCAGUAUUUAGCCCUUCAUUACCAAAUAUGUUAAACAGAAUUGUACUGUAAACAGAAUGCUUGACUUAGUAACAUUUGUGCCCUUUCUUUGCUGUUAGAAAAACAAAACUGGCAAGAACAGCAAUAUGAAGAGUACACAUAUUUUUAGUAUCUCUUUAAUAACUUGGAUAGUACUGUAAUAUUUCCAAUAAUGUUGAAAU